CCUUUAGGAUUUUCUUAACGAAAGUCAUUCACCAAUCGCUACAUACUUAAGCGACCAACCAUAUGCUGCUUCACUUGAUAUCUCGUCGGGUUUCUCCCUCAUUUCGAUCUCAACCCUCAAAGCUCUCAGCUUUACGGUUUUCCACAACUGUCUCAGCCGCCGAGAGAUUAUAUGAUCAUCUUCAGGGAUGCAAGAACAAUCCCGAGAAGGAAUUAGCCUCGGCCAAGGUGAAACUGGAUGCAUCUACUAUCAACGAGGUAAUCAAAAGAUGCAGUCCAAAUCAGUUUCAAUUGGGUCUUAGGUUCUUCAUAUGGGCAGGAACGCAAUCCGGACAUAGACACAGUCCUUAUAUGUAUAGCAAAGCUUGCGAAUUUCUCGAGAUUAGAGCAAACCCAGAUUUGAUAAAGGACGUUGUUGAAGCCUAUGGGAAAGAGGAAUGCUUUGUUAGUAUUAAGACGAUGAGGAUCGUCCUGUCUCUGUGUAAUCAAGCGAAACUCGCUGAUGAGGCAUUGUGGGUAUUGCGAAAAUAUCCUGAUUUCGGUUUAUCCGCUGACACCAUUGCGUAUAAUUUGGUGAUUAGGUUGUUUGCUGAUAAGGGAGAUUUGAGUAUGGCUGAGACGUUGAUGAAAGAGAUGGAUUGUAUUGAUCUUUGUCCAGAUGUGAUGACUUAUACAUCAGUGAUCAAUGGGUUUUGCAAUGCGGGUAAGAUAGAUGAAGCUUGGAACUUGUCUAAGGCCAUGAGCAAGCACGGAUGCGUGCUUAACACUGUAACGUUUUCCAGGAUUCUAGAAGGAGUUUGCAAGUCUGGCGACAUGGAGAGAGCGUUAGAGUUCUUGGGGGAGAUGGAGAAAGAAGAUGGUGGUGGAUUUAUAAGUCCUAAUGCGGUUACCUACACGUUGGUGAUUCAAGCGUUCUGUGAGAAGAAACGGGUUCAAGAGGCGUUGAUGAUAUUGGAUAGAAUGGGAGAUCGAGGAUGCUUGCCGAAUCGUGUCACUGCUAGUGUUUUGAUUCAAGGGGUUGUGGAGGAGAAUGAUGAGGAUGUUAUGGAUCUUUCUAAGUUGAUUGAUAAGUUGGUGAAACUCGGAGGUGUUUCUCUUUCAGAAUGUUUUAGUUCGGCUACUGUGUCGCUAAUCCGUUUGAAGAAAUGGGAAGAGGCAGAGAAGAUUUUCCGUCUGAUGUUGGUCCAAGGGAAUAGACCCGAUGGUCUUGCUUGCAGUCUUGUUCUCAGGGAGUUGUGUUCGUUGGAAAGGUAUCAAGAUUGUUUCUUUCUGUAUGAAGAAAUCGAGAAGGCGAAUGUGAUAUCAACAAUAGACUCGGAUAUACACUCGGUUCUUUUGCUCGGUCUCUGCGAACACGGGUGUUCUUGGGAAGCUACUAAGCUUGCGAAAUGGAUGCUUGAUAAGAAAAUGAGAUUGAAUGUUUCUCAUGUUAAGAGAAUCAUUCAAGCUUUGAAGAAAACUGGUGAUGAAGAUCUCAUGCGUCGACUCUCCACGAUUUAAAAAUUCGAUAAUUCAAAUAAGGAGGCAAGGGCUCCUUUGUUUUGCGGUUGAGACUUUGUGUUGAAGACGGUUGGUUUUGGAGAUACGGCACGAUGUAUUUGACAACAUCGAGAUUCGCCAUUUUGAUGUGUUCGCCAGCUACACUCACAAACCUCACUUUUCCAGCAGCGUCCAGUGUUUUCAGACCGAUCCAAUCCUCUGUGUAAAGCUUGGUCUGUUGAGCAGAGAGAAGAGGUUCGAAUUCACCGUCCGGGUAAAACCCGAACCAAGAUGAAUCUUUUGGAACGAUAACCUUAUCGUCCUGAAACUGUAAAACAAAACAGAAUCAUCAAGAGAGGAUUCAAUCGAUUAAAAAUGUGGAGAAUGGUGUUUUUUGAGGAGAUCGGACCUUGACAAGAACCAAGUUGUGUAAGCUGGUGAAGCGGUCUUUGUAAGUGGAGUUUCUUUGGUCUGGUAUCUCGUUGUUGAGCUUAGGUAGAUACUUAGACCUUUCCAGGUACUUCGUCAAUUCCUG